AUGUCAGAAGUCGGUUGUAAAGUGUUAUUGACUUCUGAAAUUGAUUAUUGUUAUCCUCUGCCAAUCAUAGAUGAGUAUGACACUUCGGUUAGAGUAACUGGAUCGUUGACUGUCCAAUCCGUUCAAUUACUACCAUGUCACUCUGUCUGCAAAAAUGAUUUACAUCAAUCUUUGCAAAAAAAUUGGGGUUUAAAAAUAUUGAAUUUAGAGUUGAUUAGUUCAACAAUUUUAAUCACUAAUUAA